UUCUGUAAUCCAGUAUAUAUAUAAUGCGACUCUUGUAAGCUUAUUAUUCUGAGGUCAAUAGAAAUUCCAUUUUCCAAACUCUCUCUAAACUUGACAGUAUAUAUGCUUCUGAGUCUAAAGCCAAUGUAUGCUUCUGAGUCUGUUAACCUGUCUAAAAUGCCCAAAAGAGCAGGAGGAUUGUAUGCAAAUGCAGUCCACUAUUUCAGUAUCUUUUUGUUGAUUAUCUUGGUAUUUAGUUCAUCAAAUGGCAUGUCAAACGCACUGGAUGAUGCUCUGGAGAAACGCCAACCUGACUGCGCGCUCAGCUUAGGUGCUGUUGUAGAUUCCACCUCCCUUGCCGGAAAAAAGGAGAAAGUGUCAAUGGAGAUGGCGCUUAAGGAUUUUUAUGGCCGGAGGACCAGUCUCCGGCAUUACCCUACUCUACAUGUGAGAAACUCUCGAGGAGACCCCAUCCGCGCAGCCUCUUCUGCUAAGAUCCUCAUCAAGAAGCAUCAUGCAAGGGCAAUUAUAGGGUUCAAAACAUGGCAGGAGGCAAUCUCAGUUGCUCAACUUGGCAAUGAAUACCGAGUCCCUAUAGUAUCAUUGGCAAAUAAAACCCCGCCACUGUGCGCCUCUUGCCAAUGGCCAUUCCUGGUUAGCGCGGCUCGCAGCCUAGACGCUCAGAUGAAAGCUGUGGCGGCUAUAAUUCAGAGUUGGCAAUGGCGGAAAGUCAACAUCAUCUAUGAAGACUUCAACCCAGCUAUCAGUGGCAUCACUCCCAACAUCAUUAGGGCUAUAAAAGCAGUGGACGCGGAGAUUAAUGAACUUUUGCCCCUCUCUCCUUUUUCUGCGUACCCUUCUAUAUCAGAAAAGUUGGAGAGCCUGAAAAAUGGACAAUGCAGAGUUUUCAUUGUUCACACUUCCAUUACAUUAGCCACUAAAAUCUUCAAGGAAGCGAGUGAGAUGGGAAUGAUGGGGAAAGACUUUGUAUGGAUCACCACCAAUGAUAUUACUAGUCAGAUAGAUUCGCUUAAUGCAUCAUCCAUCUCCUCGAUGCAAGGUGUCUUGGGAGUCAAGAGCUACUUUUCCACCUCCAAUAAACGCUUAAAAGAUUUCCAAUCUAGAUUUCGGGUUAUGUUUCGUUUGCUAUAUCCUGAUGGGCCACUUCCGGAACCAGGAACUUCUACCUUGCAGGCCUAUGAUGCUGCAUGGGCAGUGGCUCUUGCAUUAGAGGGAAACCCAUAUUCGAAAAGCAGUAGGAAUGGUUGUGUGGAUAAAAUGAAUGGAGAAGAGUUGUUCGAACACAUAUUGAAAAGCAAUUUUGAGGGCUUGACUGGUGCAUUCAAUUUUAGUAGUGAGCGGAAAUUGGCUCCAGUUCACAUUUUUCGCUUAGUUAAUGUGGUCGGAAAGAGCUACAGGAAGCUUGGAUACUGGACGGAGGGAUUGGGCUUCUCAGAGAGCAUCCAUAAGUUGAGCAAUUACAGCAAGUCGAUGAAAAUUCUAGGACAAGUGUUUUGGCCAGGCGGCCCCUGGUCAGUGCCAAGAGGAUGGGCGAUACCAACUAGUCAUGCCUACCGACUGAAAAUAGGAGUACCUGAGGGGAGCACAUUUAAAGAAUUAGUGAAUGUAGCAUAUGAUCGUCCUGGUGGAAAUGCAAUCAUCAGUGGAUUUUCCAUCGAAGUCUUCAAUGCCACAUUAGCGUUUCUACCAUAUCACUUGCCAUAUGCUUUUAUACCAUUGAAUGGCACCUAUGAUCAUUUGGUGGAACAAAUUCAUGUUCAGAAUCUUGAUGCAAUUGUUGGAGAUAUAGCCAUAGUUUCCAAUCGUUCUAUACAUGCAGAAUUUUCGCAACCAUAUACUGAGUCUGCAUUCACCAUCUAUCUGUGGGCCUUGACAGGGGUUAUUAAUGUUUAUAAUGGAUUUGUGGUGUGGUUGAUAGAGCGAAAUCACCGCCCAGAUUUUAGAGGCAGUAUACAUAACCAAAUUGGAACCAUGCUUUCCUUAUCCUUCACAACACUCUUCUCACUAAAGGGAGAGAAAUUACACAGCAAUCUGUCACGGAUGGCAAUGACAGUAUGGCUAUUUGUUGCGUUAGUCCUCACACAAAGUUUCACUGCCAGUCUAACAACUUUGCUUACCGUUCAAAGCCUUGAUCCAAUAAACGUCGACAUCGAGACACUUAUAAAGAGUGGAGCCAAAGUUGGGUGCGAUGCGAAUUCCUUUGUUGUGGAUUAUUUGGGGUCCGUCGUAGGUUUUGAUCCCAAAAACAUAGUGGGAAAGUAUACAGAAGAUGAUUAUCCAGAGGCUCUUAAAAAGGGAGAGAUAAAAGCAGCUUUUCUUCAGGUCCCAUAUGUUAAAAUUUUUCUCGCCAAAUAUUGUGAAGGUUUCACCACUUCGGGACCAACACUUAAAGUUGGAGGCUUAGGAUUUGCUUUUGCGAGGAAUUCUCCUUAUCUACCUGAUAUUUCCGAAGCAGUUCUUAAAGUGUCUGAAACUGGAAAAUUGCAAAAGCUUUGGCAUUCUUUAACCUCAUCCCUCAACUGCUCCGAACCCACCGCUCAGCCUGAUGAUACUCAUGAUAGGCUUGGACUGAAUAGUUUCUGCGGCCUCUUUGUCAUCACUGGUGGAACAUCCACCAUUGCUCUCUUCAUAUUCAUCUUUCAUCAUGUUCGCCACAGAUGGUAUCAACCUAGCUUCUAGCGAAGGACAACAACAUCAUAACCCUGUCAACGAUGAGUUACUGAUGUUUGGUCCUGAAAUUCAGAACUGGAAUCAGUCAUA